AUGGAAGAAGACAAACCUAUCAAACCUAAGGAUUCCGAUUGUUGUGGUUCAGGUUGCAAACCGUGCAUAUUCGACGUGUACGAAGAAAAUUUAAAAAAAUGGAAAUCCGGUCGAUUAAAUAAAAAAAAAAACAAAUCGAACGCUUUAAAACAAGAUAAAUAUUCGCCAUUUUUAAUCAUCGAUUCGAAAUACGUAACGGAUACUUUAAUAUUUAUUCAAUUCAAAGGAGUUCAUUUGAAAAAAAAUUCUUGUGAUGACGUUCGUUUGGAAAAUACUGUCGUGGAUGUAGAUUACGAUUUAUUAGAGGGUAAAUUAAACAUUCAAUCGGGAGAAUAUUUAAUACUGAAAGGAUAUAACGAAGAAAAUCAUUUGAUUUCGAGAUCGUAUACCCCCGUGUUAAACGAACCGGAAAACGACGGUUGCAUUUUCGCCAUAUACGUUUCGCUGAUAAAAAAUGGCAACAUGUCGGAAUUCAUACGUAAGGUUAAUGUGAACGACAUUUUAUUUUGGAGGGGGCCCUACACUGAAUUUAAAUACGAUAGAAAUUCCUACGAUCAUUUGAUAUGUUUUGCCGGGGGUACCGGUAUCGUACCUCUCUAUAAUAUUACAAAAUCCAUCGUUUUGGACGAUGAUGAAAAUACUAGGAUAAAAUUUUUGUGCAGUUUUAAAAGUGUUAAACACGUCAUACUUAAAAAUGAAUUAAUUACCUUAAAUCAUUAUUGGAAUUUCAAUCUAAAAAUAUUUAUAUCGCGUGAUGAUGACGACGGCUGUGAUGAUGAUAAAAAAAAUAAAUCUACUUACAAUGAAAUCAUUAAACAUAAGAAAAUCGAUGAAUCCAUUGUUUCAAAUGAAAUAAACGAUUAUGAAGAUGAGAAUGUUCUCGUCUUAAUAUCUGGUCCUCAAUCAUUUAAUGAAUCAAUCAAAAAUCAUGUACUAAAUAUUGGAAUUAAUGAAACUAAUAUAUUUAUUCUUUCAUAA